AUGACCUCGUUUUCCGACAGCGUCAGAGUGUCCACCGCUGUGACCUAUGGCUACUAUGUGCCACCAUACUAUCCUGCGCCAUAUGGUGGAUGGGUGGAUGAUUGGCGAGAGAGCUAUACCAAGGCCAAGGCUCUGGUCGACUCUAUGACUCUGGCAGAGAAAACGAACAUCACUGCAGGAACAGGAAUUUACAUGGGUGAACGAUGUGCCGGAAACACAGGCUCUGCACUUCGAGUAGGCAUCCCCCAGCUGUGUCUUAAUGACAGCCCUGCGGGUGUCCGACACGCGGACAAUGUUACAGCUUUCCCCGAUGGAAUCACAGUUGGCGCAACUUUUGACAAGGCGCUCAUGUACCAGCGCGGCGUGGCCAUUGGGAAGGAAAAUCGCGGCAAGGGAGUCAAUGUUUGGCUAGGACCAACGGUUGGACCGAUAGGCCGCAAGCCAAAGGGUGGCCGUAACUGGGAAGGCUUUGGUGCUGAUCCUGUGCUCCAAGCUGUAGGUGCAAGAGAAACGAUCAAGGGCGUUCAGGAGCAGGGAGUGAUUGCUACAAUCAAGCACUUUAUUGCAAAUGAGCAGGAGAUGUACCGCAUGUACAACCCUUUCCAAUAUGCCUACAGCUCAAAUAUUGACGAUAGGACGAUGCAUGAAGUUUAUGCCUGGCCAUUCGCCGAAGGCAUUCGAGCGGGAGUUGGCUCUGUCAUGAUGGCAUAUAAUGCUGUAAACGGCACUGCGUGUACUCAACAUCCUUAUCUCAUGAAUGCCCUUCUCAAGGAUGAGAUGGGCUUCCAGGGCUUCACCAUGACCGAUUGGCUCGCUCACAUGUCUGGUGUCGCCUCUGCUAUUGCCGGCCUGGAUAUGGACAUGCCUGGCGACGUUCAGAUUCCAUUCUUCGGCAGUUCAUACUGGAUGUAUGAGCUUAGUCGGUCUGCUCUCAACGGGUCGGUUCCUAUGGAUCGCAUCAACGACGCGGCCACGCGCAUUUUGGCUGCAUGGUACAAGAUGGGCCAGGAUAAGGGAUUUCCAGCGACCAACUUUGAUACCAAUUCUGCUGCUGCGGUCAACCAGUUGUAUCCUGCCGCGUGGCCAUUUUCGCCGUCAGGAGUCACCAACGAGUAUGUUCAGGUCCAGGCUGAUCAUGACGUGAUUGCUCGCCAGAUUUCCCAGGAUGCCAUUACCAUGUUGAAGAACACCGGCGGCAUUCUUCCUUUAUCGCCUUCGCAACACCUCAAGGUCUUUGGCACCGAUGCCCAGAAAAAUCCAGAUGGAAUCAAUUCGUGCACAGAUCGCAACUGCAACAAGGGCACGCUCGGACAGGGCUGGGGUUCAGGGACUGUUGAUUACCCCUAUUUGGAUGAUCCCAUCACAGCCAUUACUGCAGAGGCCAGUAAUGUCACCUUUUACAAUACCGACAGCUUUCCUUCGGUAGGCCAAGUUGCAGCCAGCGACGUCGCUAUUGUGUUUAUCAAUUCGGAUGCCGGCGAGAACACUUACACUGUUGAAGGCAAUCACGGUGACCGCGAUGCUUCCGGUCUAUACGCAUGGCACAACGGCGAUAAGCUCGUACAAGAUGCCGCCAGCAAAUUCAGCAACGUCAUUGUGGUGAUUCACACCGUUGGCCCCCUGAUUCUUGAGAACUGGAUCGAUCUACCAUCCGUCAAGGCCGUCCUCAUCGCGCAUCUGCCUGGCCAGGAAGCCGGAAAAUCACUUACAAACGUCCUCUUUGGACACUCUUCGCCAUGCGGACACUUGCCUUAUUCAAUCACAAAACAGGAAAAUGACUUCCCCAGUAGCGUCACCACGCUCAUCAACUCCGAGUUCCUCAACCAGCCCCAGGACACGUACACUGAGGGUUUAUAUAUCGACUACCGCUGGCUGAACAAGAACAACACCAAGCCGCGGUACGCCUUUGGCCAUGGCCUGAGCUACACAAACUUUACAUUCAAGGCAGCAUCAAUUACAAAAGUCACUCAGCUAAGCUCAUACCCUCCCGCUCGCUCCGCCAAGAGCGGCGUCCCCAACUUUGCGCAAGCCAUUCCAUCUGCCAGCGAAGCCGUCGCACCCUCUGGAUUCAACUCAAUCCCCCGCUACAUCUACUCCUGGCUGUCGCAGGGUGACGCCGACGGUGCCGUCUCGGACGGAAAGAACGGCAAGUAUCCAUACCCAGACGGCUAUUCUACCACCCAGAAACCCGGUCCUCGCUCCGGCGGUGGCGAGGGAGGCAACCCUGCGCUCUGGGAUGUCGCGUAUAGCCUCACGGUGACGGUACAGAAUACGGGGGAUGAGUUUGCUGGCAAGGCUUCCGUGCAGGCAUAUCUUCAGUUCCCGGAUAACAAUGGCUAUGAUACGCCGGUUAUCCAGCUCCGUGAUUUUGAGAAGACGGACGAGUUGGCGCCUGGAGAGUCGACGACGGUGACGCUGACGCUUACGCGCAAGGACGUCAGUGUGUGGGACGUGGUGGCGCAGGAUUGGAAAGUGCCUGUGGUUGAUGGAGGGUAUAAAGUAUGGAUUGGAGAUGCCAGUGAUUCCUUGAGUAUAGUGUGUCAUGCGGAUACGUUGAAGUGUGAGACUGGUGUUGUUGGGCCGGUGUAG